AUGACGGACGCGGCGACGCGCGCGCUCGGACGCGCGAAAGAGCUGAGCACAACGAUUACGCUGGCAUUGUUCGUCCUUCCGCUCGGCGUCGUCGCGCACGCGGCGGCGUUCGCGGCGCUGCCGAUGCAGCUCGCGAGCGCGAUGCUGCGCGAAUUGACGAUGUCUCGCGGCACGGACGUGCGGGCGCUGUUGCGCGGGUUGUACGCGCUGGCGUUGAAGCCGAGCCUGGCGGCGGCGUGCGCGGCGGAAAUCAAAGACGACGGCGAGAUAUUUCGCGAGUAUUCGCGGUCGUCGAGCGAGAAGAUUGAGGCGUUUCGAAAGAUGUCGGAGAUCGAACGAGAGAAAUUCAUCGCGGCGUGCGCGAAAUUAAAGGAAGAGGAACAGAUUCGGGAACGGUUGAGGGAGCAGUUGAACGCGACUCGCGACGAGCUCAAGCGCGAACGGGCGGCGAAUUUUGCACAGGGAAAGUUUUCAAAAGGCAAGGAAGAAACGGGAAGUGGGGGCGUGUACUUGACGACCGCGCUGCUUGGGGUGAUGUUGCUGUAUUUUCACGACAUGGACACCGUGCACACGCUCGACAAGAAGCUCGCGGCGUCGAUUCCCGCGUUUUGGAUGUUUGUGAUGACGUUUAAGACGCGCAGCGUGCAAACGCUGUGUACUGCGCUCAAUCUCGUGCUCGCUGGGUAUUUCCUACACAUCGUUCUCAACCAUCGACGAUUGUUAGGCGGCGAGGCGCGCGUCGUAGCGUAA